GCGGCGGCGCGAGGCCGGGUUGCGCGAGGCUGGGGGCGGCCGGCAGCGCCGGGCGCUCCGUCGCCGCCAUGAGGCACCUGCCGUACUUCUGCCGCGGGGAGGUGGUGAAGGGCUUCGGCAGGGGCUCCAAGGAGCUGGGCGUGCCCACCGCUAACUUUUCUGAACAAGUAGUUGAAAGCUUUCCAUCUGAUAUCUCUACUGGUAUAUACUAUGGAUGGGCCUGUGUUGGAAGUGGAGAUGUGCAUAAAAUGGUUUUGAGCAUAGGAUGGAAUCCGUUCUAUAAGAAUACUAAGAAAUCAGUGGAGACACACAUUAUCCACACCUUCAAAGAAGACUUCUAUGGAGAAAUUCUUAGUAUAGCAAUUAUUGGAUAUAUUCGACCUGAAAAGAACUUUGAUUCCUUAGAUGCACUGAUUGCAGCAAUUCAGGAAGACAUCGAAGAGGCAAAAAGACAACUAGAUCUACCAGAACAUCUUAAACUCAAAGAAGACAAUUUCUUUCAUCUGCCAGGGGGCAAAAUAGUUGACAACCAGUGAAAAAAAAGAACAAACUCUUGCUGCUUUUUUUUUUUUUUUUUUUUUUUAAUUGUGGAGUUCUUACGUUUGCACUGCUUAUGUAGGUACUUUGUUGUCAUAUCUUUUGGGGUAAUGAGUUUGGAACCAACUCUAAACUGAGUCUUGUAAAUGGAUUAAAAGCUGUCUUAGAUCCUUAUUGAUAAAUUGUCUAUCCUAAAGCUGGGACAUGUGGAACAUGACCAAAGUUAAUUAUGGCCUCUUCAGCCUUAGUAUGUGUAGAGUUCAUUUAAGAGAAGAGUGUCAGUUUUUAAGAUGGAGUUUAUUCCAACCUCUUUUCCCAAUUUUAUAUCAUUCUUACAUUGGCGUUGUAGAUAGUAGCUUAGAAAAUUUUGAUACUGAGCAAAAAAUUUCCUGUGGUGCAGGAAGCCAAUGAUUAGACGACAAGAACAAGAACAAUUCUCCAUGGUUCUUGUUUUUUUUCUAAUAUGCUGUACAGCUGUUGUAGUUGAAACCAUUAUUUUAACUGAAAUUAUUUAUUUUAAUUUUAUUUGAAAUAAAGAUAGUCACUGUUGCUCAUUGAGUUACUGGAAUCUGAGAUACACUUCUGUACAGUUGAAAGUGCAUGUGACAGUGCAUGACCUCUUUAGCUUCCUUCUGAGGAAGUGUAUUGCUGAAAUUCAGGAAAUGAAUGACAGGAUGAAAGUUGGUGUGCUCUGAAGUUUUAGGCUCUGAAGUCGUGGAAGUCUUAAAAAAGACUUCUGUUCUUUGGGCUGUAAGGCAGAAGAACUGCAUUUUAUUUGCUGCUGGUAGUUUUCUUAGAUGAGGAGAACCAUAGGGUUUUUCACUAUACUAACAAUAUAAUGGCUGACUUCAUGAUGAAAGUUAGUGUAAGGCACAGAAAAAUCCCAUCAACCCUCUGGGCCAAGUGUAGGUAAGAUCCAUGGUUUUGUUGACCAAGUAGUCAAUACAAAUGAAAGCCUUGGGGAAUUCUUGAAGUAAUGUAUCAACAUUAUAGUAGGAAUUGGAUAUUGUUAGAAGCAAUUGCACUACUCCCUACUCUGAAAUGUAUGCACAGAUAAGCAGAGGGGCAUUCUCAAGAUGAAUUGGAGUUUGGAUAUUACUACUUGAAGAACAUAAUGUGAGUCCAACUAUAAAUCUUUCCCUGUAGAUUUUUCUAUCCCCUUCUCGGUAAGGGGAGCUAGGUAAGUUGUCAUGGCUGUUUCAUCUUCAUAUUUGAUACUGGCUUAUGACAUAGGAGGAAUGUUUUCUGAAAUUCAAAAUAAUUCUGUGGAUAUGUCUAAACUGUAGUUCUGUGACAGAACUGUAAUUUGAGGGUGCGCAGUUCCUGUAAUAUAACUUUAUGAAUUUACUCCUUGUCCUAGUCUGUUGGGAUACUACAUUUUGGCUGAAGGUUUAAGAGGUUUUAAGUAGAUAGCUUGCUGUGUCUUCUUUGUGGCAAGUGCUGUUACGAUGCUAGUUCCACUUCAUAUUGUUUUAACUUUCAGCCAGUACCAGGGGAUAUUAGUAGGGAAGAGGCCUUGAGUGAAUCAAGGAGACUUGUUAGCUGUAUAGAAAUUAUACAGAAACUUGAAAUCAUUUAAAUGAAUUGUUCAUCUGUUUUGUUGACAGCAGACAGAAGGAAUUCAGGGGCACUCAUUUCCAACACAAGUACUUAUAGGAGUAAAAAUUUUGAUCUGUGUUGCCAACGUGAUUUACACAUUUCUCUCCAAAGAUGCCAAGUUUUGUUGUCUGGACAUUAAACGCACAUCUGCCUUCUUCCGUGAAGAGUCUUAGGAAGAAAAUUCACUUACCAGCAGUUAGGAAUACUUUCUUUAGAAGAAGAAUGAAAUUGGAGUUCUGCAUAACUUGUUGGGAAUUGUAUGUAAACCUCUGUAAAAACUUGUGUAAGAGUGACAGUUGAUUUUUUAAUUUUUUAGAGGGAGAAUAUAUUUAGGUGAAGGUUUGAGGCAUUCUUGAAGCUGUAAAAUUUUGACAUUAUUACAUUUUACUCUUUUGGGGAUGAGUAAAUAGUAGCCACACUAGUCAACGGAAUGUGCUGUCAUAUAUAUUCAAAGAAAAAAAGCAGAUGUUUAUCAUAGUACUGUAGCUGAACUCUAAUAGCCUCUUUAUUUUUUUUUCUCCAGUUAAUGUGUCUGUUGUGGAAACCUUAGUGCCUUAAGCUGGUUGUCUGAAUGCAUUUCUGUAUCGGCCAAUAAAUGAUACUAUCCAAAAUUUGUUUUGGCUGUAGAACCACUGCACUGUGGAGAGAGAACAAUGAGAAAGAGAAAGCUUUGAAAAAGUUUUGAGCUUUUUGAGCAAAUUAUUAGUUUGCUCUCAACUCUCAUCUGAAGUGUGACAUGUGGUUACAACAGACUAAUAAAGUGGUCUUUGUAUGUGUCAUCAAAUUAAAGAAAACAUUACUAGAUCCAUUUGGUUGAGUGUAUCUGUCUGUCCAUGUUAUUUAAGAUAAAAUGUUAUAUAUCAGCUGUUAGAGCUCAGUACUUAAGUCCUAGCACAGUUCAAACACAUUAAGGGUUAUAUUUUUAUAUUAUAUACAAACUGUAUUUAUUUCAGUUGAUGUUACUGCACUGUACUAUUAAUAAAGGAAUUGAAAUAGUCAGAGCUGUUUUC